UUUGGCUUCUUCUUCCUCUUCAAAACUCCCAUUGCCUUUUCAAAAAAAAAUCAUUACAAAUUCUCACACGCAGAGACAAGUCUUUAGUCUUCUCUGUAACCACUCAACAUUUUCCAUUCUUCUUCUUCUUCUUCAGUGCAUCAAAAUCAAUUGCAUUUUUUCCCCACCAUUCACACCAUGCGCGUUACUUGAAACUCAUCUACAUUGUUCCCACUUUUUUCAGCACAAAAAAUCAAUGAACCCACUCUCAAAAUCCAUUCUUUUACCCUUCAAUACUUCAACCCCACUUCAAUUUUCUUGUUUUCUUGCAUUUCUCUUCUUGAUUUCACUCUUUUUGUAGAUCUGUUGAAACCCCAUUGCAAGAAAAUGGUGGCUGAGCCUUGGUGUUUGAGGAUGGGUAGUCAGGUAAGUACUAAUGUCAAGAAACAUUCUUUACUUAUUGAAAAUUCAAAGAAAUUAUCUACGAAGAAACAAACUCAACAAGAGAAGUUGUUUAUAGGGAUAUUGUCAUUUGAAGUUGCUAAUAUGAUGUCUAAGAUUAUUCAUCUUCAUAAAUCUUUGACUGAUUCUGAGAUUCUUAAGCUUAAAAAUGAGAUCUUUAAGUCUGUAGGAAUAAAGGCUUUAGUUUCUAAUGAUGAAGAUAAGCUUCUUGAAUUAGUACUUGUUGAAAAACUUGAUGAUUUGAAUAGGGUUGCUAGUGUAGUGUCUAGGCUUGGGAAAAAAUGUACAAUUUCUGCCUUACAAGGGUUUCAGCAUGUUUAUGGUGAUGUUAUUUCUGGGGUUAUUGAUGUGAAGGAUUUGGGAUUUUUGGUUAAAGAUAUGGAGGGGAUGGUUAGGAAAAUGGAGAGGUAUGUGAAUUCUACUGCUAGUUUGUAUUGUGAGAUGGCUGUUUUGAAUGAGUUGGAAGUGGCAACAAAGAAAUUUCAGCAGAAUCAGCAUGAGGAAAGUAGAAAGGCAUUUGAGCAGAAACUUGCUUGGCAGAAACAAGAUGUGAGGCAUUUAGAAGAUGUUUCACUUUGGAAUCAGACUUAUGAUAAAGUUGUUGAACUGUUGGCUAGGACUGUGUGUACUGUAUAUUCUCGGAUCAGUACGGUGUUUGGCAAUAGUGUUCUCGUAAAGAGGGAUCUUUUAGGUAAUCGAGGAUUCAAUGAGAAGUCUGGUGUAAUUGUUGCAGAUAGCAAGUCUGAAGUCAUGGAUGCUGAUUUCAAGAAGCCUGUAUUGAGGAACAAUAAUGGAAGCUAUCGAUCGGGGUCAACUGAGAGGGGAGCGUCGGGGAAAAGGAGCAUGAGCCAUAGUACUCAAACUAAGGUUGGAAGAAAUGAAGGGAGCUUAUUUGGUACUGAGAAUUUUAAUUUUGCUUGUGGAAUGGGACCUGGGAGACUAUUCAUGGAAUGUCUGAGCUUGAGUUCUGCUUCAAAAAUGGAUUUCGACAAUGAUGUUGGGACUGAUGACAGAAGUAGUCAGAUAUCUGGAUGUUGUAGUGUUUCAAGUGGUAUGAAGAGGGAGCAAUCUAGCGUUUCGGGUUCAUUCAAUAGGUCCCCUGGUAGUAUCCGUUUUAGCGGAGAUACCAGACAGCUAAAGAGUUGUGUGGCUAAUGCUGCAAAACAUGGUCCCAAAAGUAGGAUAACUUUGUAUGCUCCUCCUACAACAGUCGGAGGCUCUGCUUUAGCUUUGCAUUACGCGAAUGUGAUUAUUGUCGUAGAAAAGCUGCUCCAGUACCCACAUCUGGUUGGUGAUGAGGGGAGGGAUGAUCUAUAUCAGAUGUUACCGACAAGCUUAAGAAAGACGUUGAAGGCUAGUCUGAGAUCUUAUAUGAAAGGUUUAGCCAUAUAUGAUGCGCCUCUUGCGCAUGAUUGGAAAGAAAGGCUUGAAGAGAUACUCAAAUGGCUUGCACCUUUAGCACAUAAUAUGAUCAGGUGGCAAAGCGAACGGAACUUUGAGCAGCAACAGAUUGUUAAGAGAACUAAUGUUCUCCUUCUUCAGACAUUGUAUUUUGCCGAUUGUCAGAAGAUGGAGGGUGUAAUUUGCGAGCUGCUUAUUGGAUUAAACUACAUAUGCCGGUUUGAACAACAACAAAAUGCUUUAUUGGACUGCGCCAGCAGCAUUGAUUUUGAAGAUUGUAUGGAGUGGCAACUGCAAUUCGGAGGUUCUUUUCAUUCUUGAUCACAUUGUUCGCAUUGGAACAACACUAGUGUGGUAAUAUUUUUGAAUUUGAUGCAUUUGUAUGGUAGUUUAGAAUAUAGUUCGACACGAUGUCAACAUCAGAGAUCCAUACAUUCAAGAUGUCUGGUUCUCUGGUGUUGAUCAUUUUAGAUAAUU